AUGUUUCGAACAACAAGAGCUGUGACGCUGAAGGCGUCCGGAGCUUCUUCCCUUCUCAGACAAUCGUAUACUCGCUCGAUAUGUUCUGGAGCAAGGUCAAAUCUUCAGUUGACAGCCCGCAAACCUCUGGGUGUUGUCUGUGCCAGAAAAGCCUGGGAGCAGACUAGGGGCUAUGCCGUUGCGACUGGCGAGACCAGCAAAGGAGUGGACCCAAAUGACUCUUUCCUCCAGGGCAACACCGCCAACUACAUCGAUGAGAUGUACAUGGCCUGGAAGGAGGACCCUCAAAGCGUUCACGUUUCAUGGCGCACCUACUUUCACAACAUGGAAGAGGGUAAGAUGCCCAUCUCGCAAGCCUUCCAGCCUCCACCCACCAUUGUCCCUACUCCUACAGGCGGUGUUCCUCAACAUAUGCCUGGAAACGCAGCCGGAACGAACGUCUCCAACCACUUGAAGGUCCAGCUUCUUGUCCGCGCGUAUCAGGCUCGUGGACACCAUAAGGCAAAGAUUGACCCUCUCGGCAUUCGCGGGGAGGCUGAUUCUUUUGGAUACAGCAAGCCAAAGGAACUCGAGCUGUCCCACUAUGGCUUCACUGAGAAGGACCUUGACGAGGAAUUUGCUCUUGGCCCAGGAAUCCUCCCUCGCUUCGAGACUGAGACCCGCAAGAAGAUGACUCUUCGUGAGAUUAUUGAUGCCUGCGAAAAGAUCUACUGUGGCUCUUUCGGCGUGGAAUACAUCCACAUUCCUGACCGCGUUCCUUGUGACUGGAUCCGUGACCGUAUUGAAAUUCCUCAGCCAUACAAGUACUCUGUCGAUGAGAAGCGUCGCAUUCUGGACCGUCUUAUCUGGAGUUCCAGCUUCGAAGCCUUUUUGGCCACCAAAUUCCCCAAUGACAAGCGCUUCGGUCUGGAAGGUUGUGAGACCCUGGUACCCGGCAUGAAGGCAUUGAUUGACCGAAGUGUCGACUACGGUGUCAAGGAUAUUGUCAUCGGUAUGCCUCACCGUGGUCGAUUGAACGUCCUCAGCAAUGUCGUCCGUAAGCCCAAUGAAUCUAUCUUCAGUGAGUUCAGCGGUAGCGCCGAACCAUCUGAUGAGGGCUCAGGUGAUGUCAAGUACCAUCUUGGUAUGAACUUCGAGCGCCCAACCCCGUCUGGAAAGCGUGUUCAGCUUUCGCUCGUUGCCAAUCCCUCUCAUUUGGAAGCCGAAGACCCAGUUGUCCUUGGAAAGACUCGCUCCAUCCAGCACUACAAUAACGACGAAAAAGAAUUCAACACUGCCAUGGGUGUCCUUCUUCACGGUGAUGCCGCAUUCGCUGCCCAGGGUAUCGUUUAUGAGACCAUGGGCUUCCAUUCGCUACCUGCCUAUUCCACUGGAGGAACCAUCCAUAUCGUUGUUAACAACCAGAUCGGUUUCACCACUGACCCCCGUUUUGCCCGAUCCACCCCUUAUUGCUCUGAUAUCGCCAAGGCCAUCGAUGCUCCAGUCUUCCAUGUGAACGGUGAUGAUGUCGAAGCUCUUAACCACGUCUGCCAGUUGGCCGCCGACUGGCGUGCCCAGUUCAAGAGUGAUGUUGUCAUUGACAUCGUUUGCUACCGUAAGCAAGGCCACAACGAAACCGAUCAGCCCGCCUUUACCCAGCCUCUUAUGUACAAGCGCAUUGCCUCCCAGCAGAGCCAGAUUGAUAAGUACGUUGAGAAGCUACUAAAGGAGAAGACCUUCACCAAGGAGGAUAUUGAUGAACACAAGAAAUGGGUCUGGGGAAUGCUCAACGACAGCUUCGAGCGCAGCAAAGACUACACCCCAACCAGUCGAGAGUGGCUCACUUCCGCCUGGAACGGAUUCAAGACCCCCAAGGAGCUUGCCACUGAGGUCCUCGGUCACCCUCCUACCGGCGUUGAAGCAGAGACCCUCCAGAUGAUUGGUGCUAAGCUUGGAAGCAUUCCUGAGAACUUUACUCCACACCGCAACCUAAAGCGUAUCUUGGCCAACCGGGAGAAAUCCAUCAAGGAGGGCCAAAAUAUCGACUGGUCCACUGCUGAAGCUCUUGCUUUCGGUACCUUGUGUAAGGAGGGCCACCACGUCCGCGUUUCUGGCCAGGAUGUUGAGCGUGGCACGUUCUCUCAGCGUCACGCCGUCCUCCACGACCAAGAGAACGAGAGCACAUACACUGCUCUCCAGCACAUCAGCCCCGACCAAGGAUCCUUUGUCAUUUCCAACUCCUCCCUCAGUGAAUAUGGAGCUCUCGGUUUCGAAUACGGUUACUCGCUAACCUCUCCUAACGCUCUUGUCAUGUGGGAAGCUCAGUUCGGUGACUUCGCCAACAACGCCCAAUGCAUCAUUGAUCAGUUCAUUGCCUCCGGUGAAUCGAAAUGGGUUCAGCGAUCUGGUCUCGUCAUGUCUUUGCCCCAUGGAUAUGAUGGCCAGGGCCCUGAGCACUCUUCCGGCAGACUGGAACGUUACCUCCAGCUUUGCAACGAGGAUCCUCGCGUUUACCCAGCCGCCGACAAGAUUGACAGACAACAUCAGGACUGCAACAUGCAGAUUGCCUACAUGACCUCCCCCGCCAACUUGUUCCACAUCCUCCGUCGACAGAUCAACCGUCAAUUCAGAAAACCAUUGAUCAUUUUCUUCUCGAAAUCCCUUCUCCGUCACCCAAGCUGCCGAUCCUCCAUCGAGGAGUUCACUGGCGAUUCCCAUUUCCGCUGGAUUAUUCCCGAUGACCAACAUGGCAAACAGAUUGAUGAGCCUGAGAAAAUCGAGCGCGUGAUUAUGUGCUCCGGUCAAGUUUGGGCUGCCCUCACCAAGCACCGUGAGGCCAACGGUAUCAGGAACACCGCCAUCACCCGUAUCGAACAAAUGCACCCCUUCCCCUGGCAACAGCUGAAGGAGAACCUCGACAGCUACCCCAAUGCCAAGGACAUUGUCUUCUGUCAAGAGGAGCCUCUCAACGCCGGAAGCUGGAGCUACAUGCAACCCCGCAUUGAGACCCUUCUCAACGAGACUGUCCACCACAACAGGCGCCAUGUCCUGUACGCCGGUCGUAACCCAAGCGCUAGUGUGGCCACUGGCUUGAAGAGCAGUCACAUCAAGGAAGAGCAAGAUCUAUUGCACGACGCUUUCACCGUACACCAGGAAAAGCUCAAGGGCGAGUAG